AGAGAGAGAGCAGAACACAAUCACACAUAUAAAAACACAUUAUGAUGAAGGAGAGUAGUAGUCGAAAACAAGGGGCAGCCUCACCUUGCGCGGCAUGUAAGCUCCUCAGGCGGAGAUGCGCAGAGGAUUGCAUGUUCGCGCCGUAUUUCCCCGCAGAAGAGCCCCACAAGUUUGCCACAGUUCAUAAGGUUUUCGGCGCCAGCAAUGUCAACAAGAUGCUCCAGGAGUUGCCGGAAGAUCAGAGAGGGGAUGCAGUGAGUUCCAUGGUGUAUGAAGCAAAUGCGCGGGUAAGGGAUCCAGUGUACGGCUGCGUAGGGGCAAUAUCGUCAUUGCAACAGCAGAUAGAAAUGCUGCAAACUCAGCUGGCACUUGCACAGGCAGAAGUAGUGCACAUGAGGAUGCGCCAAUUCUCGAUGAACAAUUCACCUGAUAAUGCAUCUCCCUCGUCCAGCAGAGGCGGGCAAUCUCAUCCGGCCAGGUCCCUUUUCGACAUGGACAUGGUUGUAGAACAGGGAAACAUGGAAGAUUCCUUCUGGCCUUAGUCCCUUUUUAACUAUUUGCUGCUCUUAAGGGUCUCUCCCCGCUUCCCCUUUACUGUCUGCCACUCUUUCUCUGUCCUCUUUGGCUUUCUUACAGGAGGUGUUACCUGACAAUGGAUUGAUUGAUGAGAGAGAUCAAUCGAUUAACCUUAUUGUAAAUGUUAAACAAAAAAACAUAUAAUUAUACGUUAUAGGCUAUGCUUGCGGAUUUGACUAUACUAU